CUUCUCUCUUCCCCCCGAGUCCCCUCCUCGGAAGUAGACGCAUCUGUCUAUAUUCCGUUCUUUUAUUUUUAUACAUUUUUUACAGCAACCCCUUUUCCCCAGCACUUAGCACCAUGGAAGCCAAGAUGGACGACUAAAUUAAACAACGGGUACCCGAUUUCACCCCCUAAUUAUCCUUGAAUUGAGUGGACCGGAUGAAAUCCAACUGUGGUUUUCUCCGCUUCGCAGGGGAGGUAGCUGUAUCCAGUGGGGAGGUAGGCUCAACCAGGGGAGGAAAGAAUGAAGUUCACUCAACCCUGGGGACGCCAGAGGCUGUCUUUUCUUCUGGAAAAGGCUGCCUCUAGGGAAGCCAAGAUGUGGAAGGUCUACGUGCCAAAGAAGCCCUCCUCACAGGAUACAGACAUCUCCCCGGCCCAGCGGGACGAGGCCGUGCGCUGGUUGACGGAGCUCCACAGCAGGCUGCAGCUGUACCCAGAGACCCUGGUGUUAGCUGUUAGCAUUCUGGACCGCUUCCUCGCUCCCAUCAAGGCCCGUCCAAAGUACCUGCGCUGCAUCGCCAUCGCCUGCUUCUUCCUGGCUGCCAAGACAUGUGAGGAGGACGAGUGUGUGCCCUCUCUGAGGGAGCUGGCUGCCUCCAGCAGCUGUGGCUGUUCUCCAUCAGAGAUCCUGAGGAUGGAGAGGAUCAUCCUGGACAAAUUGAACUGGGACCUGCACACCGCCACAGCACUGGACUUCCUGCACAUUUUCCAUGCGAUGGUGUUGUCGUGUCGUUCUGGGUUUUUGGACUCCAUGUUGGGAUUGAACCGCUCUCAGCACCUCGCCCUGCUCACACAGCGACUGUACCACUGUCUGGCUGACCACACUCUCAUACAGCUCAGAGGAUCCAUGCUGGCCUUGGCCCUCAUCACCCUGGAACUGGAGACCUGCUGUCCUGACUGGCUGGCUCUCACUAUUGACCUGCUGAAGAGGGCACAGAUCAACAGUUCUGAGUUGAUCAGGAGUCGAGAGCUGGUGGCUCGUAGACUGUCCACACUGAGAGCUUCCCUGCCUCCAAACACUGUCUACAUCUACCAACCCCUGCAGAGCCAAACCGCUCUGCGGCACCCGGCCCAGGACCCCCCACCCCCCUGCUGCACACUGGGGACCGUCACCUCCACCACCGAGUCUUCGAGGAACCACGCCCUCGUCAACACCUCUCCUGCCCAGCUACAGACACCUGCUGGAGGGGAGGAGGGGAGUCCGCAGCCUUGGAGCUCCAUCUCCUCCUCCACCGACAGCAGCAUGCCGACUCUGCUCUCUCCACCCAAAAACCUCUACCAUCGCAACCGCCUGCAGAAGGUCACGCUGCGCUGCAAAGCCUCCGCCAAGCGGAAGGUGGAGGAGAUGGAGGUGGACGACUUCUUCGACGGCAUCAAGCGCCUGUACAACGAAGACGUCACCACCACCAUCACCGUCCAGGAGGGGGCGACACCUGCGACGGGGGCGAUAACAUCAGGUGGAGGAGGAGGAGGAGGUCUGAACACCUGCAGUGUCCUGUUGUCUCGACAGGAAGGCAGUUCUUCCCCCUGCCCGCCUCUGCAGCCAGUCAGUGCCUCCUAGUGACGGAAGCCGUUUACCAAAACCACCUCAACACCGACAUCAUCUUCCUGUUUCACUUUCAGACUAAAAUAAAGAAUUUAAACUACGGUCAGUUAAAUUUAGGCAGCGACCGUGAUGCGUGACUCCCUCAGCAAUAGUCAAUGUAGGGGGAGAAAGAGAGAGAUUUUGUUUAAUUUGCAUUAAAAAGCAAUACAGAGGCAGCUCCCCGGGAGACGGUGCUCAUCAGAGUUGUCAGUGAAAAUCGUCCUUCAUGUUGCUUCUGCUGAUGAAACAUUCACUGAAGAGUUAAAUAUUUGUUACAACACAAACAAAGCAGUGAAACAGAUGAUGUCAAAGGUUAAGGUGGUUUUGGUGCAAAUGACCCCAGCGUGACCCGGAGCUGUUCAGCUGCCCCGAGGUCAGUUCCCAUCAUCCCCUGCUGCAGGACAACAGAGCCCAAAAAAAUUUAAACAUUCAAAAAAUAAAAAACUGCUGCUACUAUCUGAUUAAUGAUAUUUGUUGAAAAUGAAUACAGUAUUACAAAAGGUUUAAAAAAAUAAAUAAAGAGAAAAAGUUAUCUUGAAAAAAACCUAGAAUUGACUUCUCUCCCCGUGUCUCGCUCUCAGUCCUCUUGUGAAAGAUUUUGUUUGUCAACUUAUAUUUGUUGUUCACUUUUUAAACUCUUCUUUCAUUUCACAUAUUUAUGUUUUUAUUGUCUUCUUCCCUUCCCUUACUCACUCUGCAUGGUUUCAUCUCUAUUUAUAACUUCCUCUUAAAGAGUCUAAAUCAUACGUAUGAAUGUUACUGUAUAGACGAUUAUCUGUCGUACUCGCCCAGAUAGAAAAAAGUUUAGGUUUUUUUUUUUGUUUGUUUGAUCGUUUUUUGUUUUUUGUUUUUUUUAGUGAAGUGCAAUUUGAUUGUUAAUGAGAUGCUGAUGUAAACAUCUUACCUAUGAAUCACUUUGUGUUGUUUCCCUUCCCUCUCAGCUUGUUGUGACAGCUUGACUGAAUGAAAGUUUCUCAGGUUGUUUUAUUCACAAGUUCCUCCUGCAGAUGUCACAGCUGCCAAAUGCAUUCAGUUUGUUAUGUAGCCCAACUCAUCUUGAGAUAAAUUAUUAGUUACUACAGCAGCUCUCAGUGGCUGGAGUCGACCACAGUCUACCCAUCUGGUUAUUGUGCAAGUUUAAAACAAAUGCUGUGAAAAACUCUGGAGGACCUGCAGUUCUUUAAACCUGUUUUAACUAAUUCAGGUUAUAAUGAUCCUGCUUCUUCUAAUUAUUCUUUUUAACACAGAGACACCAAGAGAUCUUGAUAAUUUCUCAUUUAAAACCAUGAAAGUCGUGGUUAUGAGGACGUGCUGCUAUGACAACAGCUCCAGUUAUAUUCAGAAAAAUCCAGGCUUUACAGUCAACCUAACUGAAUAGGGCCCUGGUAAAAAGAUGAGAUGGCAUGUGGUUUCUGUGUUGAAGCAACCAGAGGAAAACUUUCAUAUGUAAUAAAACAACCUUGAGUUAUUGAAAGCAUUUUAAUAGUAAGCUAAGAGACAAACAUUAGGUUUUUGAGUUGGUGUCUGAGCUGAGCUGACUCAGAAAAAGAACACGAGUGACAAUCUUCACUUUGAUGUUAAAAAAAAAAAAAAAAGCUAAAGCAACAUGCUCUGUUUUUAUCUCUUGAAGUUCUGUUUAAUAUAUUUUUAUUCCUGCAAAAAGCUCUGUUCUUCCUGCUGUAGUGGCUGCCGGUGGCUGCUCCGGGUCCCUGAACACACCGCGGCACCAAUAAAGAUAUAAGAGUAUGAAAACUGA